AGGAGGGAGGCUCCUUCCCUCAGGGCCUGGCCUCCUGGGCUCGGGGACUCCAUCCCUCCCUUGGAGUUUGGGGACCUCUCCAUGGACCAGAAGGAGUAUCCAUCUAUGACGCUAUUAGAAUCUGUAUUUGCUGAGACUGCUGCUGAAACUGACACAUCAUGUACUCAGAACCAGAAGUUCUUACAACAUAAGCAUGCAGCUUUCUAUGAAAAAAGUGUAUCUGGCUGCAGCCCCAACUGCUCAAAUUCAAGCAAGUCCAGAAGCAGCUCAUUAUAUUCAGUAGCUGAUACUAAAAUGGGUUUUGAGGAGCUCAGCAGUAUAGGAAAUAGAAGGAAAUACCAAAUUCAGAGACUCUUGGGAGGGGAAUAUCUGAGAACAGAAGGAGAAGCAAGUAUCACAGAUGAACUAACACAUAGAAAACGCUUGAGCAUUACCCAUAUAGAUAAUAAUUUAUGUGAGAAUGUUGGCAUUCCUGAAACACAGAAGCUCAAAGAUGUUGGAACCUGGUCUGAAUUGUUUCUUGAUAAAUGUCCUGUUGGGGAUUGCAUAGAGGAAACUGGAAAAUUUGACCUGGAUCAUAAUACAGAAAAUAAGAUGGUUCAAAAGGGCGGAGGCAAGGAUGCUAUAGAUAAGAGUGCUGGCAAUUUUUAUUUAAAGCAAUUUCACUCAGAUUUUUUAAGCCAGUGUGUAGCCUCUGAAUAUAAGCCAGAGCAUUCUGAAAUACGGAAUCCAUUUACUUUGUUCAACAGUAAUACAUCAUCUCUUCCAAACAAGAUUUUAAGUCCUGGUUGGACAGCCAAGCACGAGAGAGAAGGAGAGGAUAUAUUUUCCAGCUAUAUUUCGGGAGACUAUGAGGUAGAUGGUUACAUGUGCAGAAGUGCAAUAAAAAACCAUUUCCAAAACUCUCAUAUUACACAUAAGGGAGAUGAGCCAGGUGUACCUACAUUAGGCUCACAGAAAAAUGAAACUUAUUUUUGGACUCCCCUUAAUGAUAGUUCAGAUGAGGAAUGUAAGGAAUGCUUAGAUGUGAAGACAAAUAGUUUAUCAGCUAUGGAGAGCAAGAAAAGCAAAAGCUCUUGUGAUACUGCUAGCUUUUUUAGACCAACAGACAGGAAAUUUUUCAGCUCAAGAGUGCUCAGAGGCAGAUUUUGCUAUACAGAAACAUCUGACAGCAGUGAAGAAAGCUGGAAUCCAGAAACCUUUGAGAUCAAAGAGUAUGAAUGCAAGGAUUUCAGGUGGGUUGAAAAACCUGAAGACUCCACUGGGACCAUCAAUAAUGUGGAAUGCCUCAGUGAAGAAGCUACAAAGAGAAGCAUCUUUUUCAAUCCCAAGUCUGAUGUGAAAAAAGAUCUAUCAAGGGAUGGGAUGUUACAUUUUCAGCCUUUACAAGAAGUCACAGAUCAGAGAUAUGAAUCUGAAACAGGACCUAUACCAGAGAUGGAUAAAAGUUUUGAAGAGGAUAAGCAUACUGGAAAAGAUGGAGCCAAGAGUACAUACAACAGUGAUGACUGCAACAGAGACCAAAAGAAAACUGAAUUAACAUCCCAGAGGAAAGAGCCUGUUUUGCAAAUGAACAGUUUCUGUGGGAAUUUGUCACCAGGCCCUUCUGAAAACAGUAGUUGUAAAAUGGGUUCAGAAUCUUUGAAUCUCAGUUAUAAAAGUACUGACUUGUGCAGUAACAGUGACUGCAUUUUGUUAGACUUGAUGUCCCAUUUUAGUGAUGAAAGCACGGCACAUAUGUUCAGUACAUUCCCAAGAUGUCUGAAAGGGGAUGUAAAAGAAAAUAUCUCUGAGGGUGUUGUCAAAUCAAUAGGAAGUACUAAAAGUGGUGCUGGGGAGUUAGUCAGUGCAAGGGUAAGAGCUGACAUCCACCACAAGCUGUUUUGGAAAGACAAAUCCUACUCUGAUGAUAGUGUUUUGGCUAAAUAUUACUUCUAUUUGAAUUAUCUCAAUGAGUCUAAAAGGCGUCAAUAUGAAGAUGGCAACCAUUCAUUCUCUUGUCAACAAUCUUCUAAAAAAGCAAAGAUUUCUAUUCUUUGCCCCCAUGAGAGUAAUAGUUUGUAUGAACAACAAGCUGAGGAAUGUAUGAACAAAGAUUUUGAAACUUUUGGAAUAAAUUGCCGUAAGGAUAAAAGAACCGAGGCUUUAAAAUCACAAAGUCAUCCUGAACAAAAAGAAUCUAAGGCUUUAUUCACACGUAUCAGUCCCAAACAUCUGUUUAAUUGUGCACCGAGUAAUAACAGACAAAUAGGAAAUCCACCAGUUUCAAAAGAUAAAGAAGUAUUUGAGGUCAGGAAAACUGAGACAAAUGUACUUGGUCCUAAGCGGCAUUGGGCAAGAGCCAGCAUUGCAUGGUCAUCUUACGGACAUGGAGGGGUGAAGCCAAGUAGAUCACAGUAUGUUCAAACACCUAUACCAGGCAAGGAGGCAAUAAGGAAGAGCAGCUGGACAGAAUCCAGAAAGCAUCAUGAUUCUGCUGUUCAAGACUGUGAUGAAAUACAUUUGGUAAGCCUAUUCUGUCUUUUCAGAUUAUAGAACAAUGGCAGCAGAAGCAGUUAGAGAGAAAGGGCAGACUGUUUUUAGAAAACCAAGGUUUGCAAGAAUAAUCAGUGGAAUAUAGAUAUGUUUAAGGGGGAUUUGAAAUGUUUUUCUAAACCUGUUAGAAAUAAUUGCCAUUGCCCAUUAAUUGUGGUGAUGAUAUAGAUUGCAUGGGAUGCCACAACCUUGUUUAUAUUCCCUAGGCAAACCUUUUCUUUCCUUUUGCUCCCUGAUACCAUUCACUGGUAUGUAAGUAAAGGGCUGAGCAGACCUCCCAUAAGGGGCAGAUUGCAGCCGCAUCUUUCUUCAUCAGAUCUGGGCAACCACACACCGCGGCCCUAAUCUGGCCUUUCUGUGAUGCAAAAAGGAGCUGCAAAAAUCUGCUCAUUAUAUACAGAAUGUAGAUCAGCUUCAGUCAGGUUAGACUCUUAGAAGUUACAUUCCAACUUGUGCAUUCCAUACCUAACCUAGUGGUGACAUCCUAGUUCUCCU